AUGAGGCUAUUCGGUCGCACAAUCUUUCCCAUGCUUCCGCCCUACGGCGCUCACGACGGCAGCGAUGCUCCUCCACCAUACGCAGACCCGGACAAACCAACUCCUUAUCUAGGGCUCAAAGCACGUCUCUCGCAGAUAUGGAUCAACCGAUGGACCAUUCUGAUCCUGCUCGUUCUCGUCCGUGUUUUGCUCGCCUCGACAAACCUCCAAGGAAACAUGGACAAUGCGCAAUCACAGGCUCUUUCUGCUUGUAACUCUGUCCAAUCUGCAGGCAGUGCGAUGGCGUCUUUGCCGCAUUACAUGGCACAGGGAGUCAAUGAACUUGCGGCUGAUGGAGUCACGAAAGCGGUGAAUGGGCUGGUGCAAGUUCUGGAGUUGAUGAUUACUGGUGUUGAGGGGCUUGUGGUUUUCUACAUCAACUUCCUUACGCAAAUGUAUUUGUGUCUGUUCACUCUUGUGGCCCGUGGAGCGGCGCAGGUGGCUCUUGGUCUUGCGGAGGAUGUGACAAACUUCCUCAAUCAGACACUGCCAAGCAUUGGGAGUGACCUUUCCUCAGGGGUGCAGACUGCCGAAAGUGGCCUGAAUGCAAUUGCAUCAGCACUAAACACUGUGAAAGACGAGUGUAAUAAAGUCAGUAUAUUGGGCGAUUCUCUCUGUGGAGACAUUCCUACCGUCCCUACCCUCAACUUUACCAGCGAGAUCAAUUCCCUGAAUUCUCUCACACUUCCAUCUUCCAUCGACAGCGACAUUCAAAAGGUCAAUAGCUCAAUCCCCACAUUCGACGAAGUCAAAAACCUCACUACAACCGCCAUUGAAUUCCCCUUUGAGGAACUCAAGAAACUCGUCCAGACCAAUCUCGGCAACUAUUCUUUCGACAGCUCCGCCUUCCCUGUCCCAGCCAAACAGUCGCUCUCUUUCUGCGGCGAGAAUGAUGGGAUCAACGAGUUCUUCCAAAAGACAGAGGAUGUCAUUCUCGAAGCGAGAAAGAUCUUCAUUGCGGUUCUCGUCAUCUUCGCUGUUCUUGCUUGCAUCCCCAUGGCCUGGUUGGAGAUCCGAAGCUGGAAGCUGGCUCGAGACCGUGCCAAGAUUAUCGAGACCGGAAAUCACGACGCUCUCGACGUUGUCUACCUUGUCUCUCGCCCGCAUAGCUCUACCUAUGGCAUGAAGGCCGCAACAUGGUUCAACAACAGCCGUCACCAAAUCCUCGUCCGCUGGAUUUUUGCCUACGCCACCACCAUCCCGGCCCUUGUGCUGCUCGCUCUCGGUUUGGCCGGCCUCUUCGCCUGCCUGUGCCAAUACAUUUUGUUGAGAGCCGUCGAGAAAGAAGUCCCCGAAUUGACGGCCGAAGUAACCCAAUUCGCCGACAAAGUCAUUGACUCCUUGAACAAUGCCUCUGCUCAAUGGGCGCUAGCCACAAACCACGUCAUCAACAACACCAACACGGAUAUCAACAACGAUCUAUUCGGAUGGGUGAACACCAGCACUUCCGCCCUCAACAACACUCUAAACACCUUCCUCGAUAAAUCCAACGAAGUUAUCAACGCCACCUUCGGCGGCACACCCCUCUACGGCGCCGUUACGGGCAUCUUCGACUGUGUCGUUGAGCUCAAGGUCGAAAGUGUGCAAAAGGGACUGACUUGGGCUCACGACAACGCAUACAUCUCCUUGCCUCAACUGCCCAACAACACGUUCUCCAUCGGCGCAACGAAUAGUGUCAACACAGGUGAUAGUUUUCUCUCGGACCCGGGCUCGACGACAUCAAACCAAAUCACCGAAGUCGUAAGCGAGGUCAUCGAUAAACUGAAAGAGGGCAUUGAGACUGAAGCCAAGAUCUCUGCUGUUUUGGUGCUGCUUUGGUUCUUGCUGAUUCUCAUGGGUGUUCUUCGUGCGCUUAUGCUCUGUGCGAGACGGGAACGUGUUCGUGGGAAUGGUGGUGGUCAGGAGAAUGUUGUCCCCGGGGGACCAAUUGAGCCUGUCGCGUUUCAUACUACGUCCAAUACUACUGUCAGCAGAAGCAACGACAACAACGCGGCGAUGAUGACGGGUGGCAUUGCGUCGAAUAGUACUCGCGAAGUACACAUGGAUCCACCUCAUGAGAACAAUCCAUUCGAAUACGAAGACGAGAAAGUCGGCUAUGCCGGCGAGCGUGAUUACUCCUCCGCUGUGCACGCAGAUGCACGCAAAAGCGCCUAUGUCGAGUACGGCGGAGACGAGAAGCGUCGAUAA